AUGUUCUGCUUAAUGAUUCUGCUUGCCGGGCCUGGUGGCUUACUUGCGGCAACACCCGGUUUUCAAGAUUCAUUUCUGCAAAUUAUAUUUCCAGAGAAAAUUCAAGCAAAUACAAGUGGUAAUUCAGAACUAGAAAAGGAGCAAGUAUCCUAUAUUAUCCCAAUAAAGGAAAAAUUACAUAUUGUGCACCUUCAACAAAGAUUGUUUUUAGCAGAUGAUUUUAUGGUCUAUUUGUAUGACCAAGGAUCUGUAAGUUCUCAUUCUUCAAAUAUUCAGCCUCACUGCUACUACCAAGGAUAUGUUGAAGGGUAUCCGAAUUCUCUUGUCACACUCAGCACAUGUUCUGGUUUGAGAGGAAUAUUGCAAUUUGAUAAUGUUUCCUAUGGAAUUGAGCCUCUGGAAUUAGCAGUUGAAUUUCAGCAUCUUCUUUAUAAAUUUCAAAAUGAAAACAAAGAAUAUUCAAUUUUUACUGAAGACAGCAGAAGCUUGGAAACAGAACCAAGGGAUAUUUAUAUAAGUGGAAAGACAAGUUCACCUGUUCCAAAUUUAUAUCCUCUUUAUCUAGAAAUGUAUAUUGUUGUGGACAAAAGUUUGUAUGAUUACUGGGGUUCUGAGAAUAUGCUAGUCACAAAUAAAGUCAUCGAGAUUAUUGGCUUUGUAAAUUCGAUCUUUUCACAAUUAAAAGUUACUAUUGUGCUGUCAUCACUGGAAUUUUGGACAAAUAAAAAUCAGAUUUCUACAAUUGUUGAUGUUGGUAAAUUAUUACAUGGAUUUUUAGAAUGGAAACAAACUUAUCUUACCCUGAGGCCUCAUGACAUUGCAUACCUAUUCAUUUAUAGGGAUAAUCCAGAUUAUGUUGGAGCAGCAUUUCCUGGGAAGAUGUGUGAUAGUCGUUAUUCUGCAGGAGUUGUUUUGACAUGUACAAAUGCCUGUUGUGAUGCUAAAACUUGUACACCGAAAGCAGGAGCAGAAUGUGUUACAGGACCAUGCUGUAGGAAUUGUCAGAUUGCAAGUGCAGGUUUGGAAUGUAGGCCUAGAGCACAUCCUGAAUGUGACAUUGCUGAGUUUUGUAAUGGAUCUUCAUCAGCUUGUGAACCUGAUAUAACUAUCAUCAAUGGACAUUCUUGCAAAAAUAACAAAUAUCUGUGUUAUGAUGGACUCUGCCAUGAUCUUGAUGAACGAUGUGAGAAUCUAUUUGGAAAAGGUUCCAAAAAUGCACCAUUUCACUGUUAUGAAGAAAUACAACCUCAACAGGAUAGAUUUGGAAAUUGUGGUUGGAGUUCAAAGGAAAGGCGAUAUGUAUAUUGCCCAUGGAGGGAUCUUAUAUGUGGAAGGUUAAUUUGUAGCUACCCUACUAGAAUUCCCAUUUAUAAAGAGAAUACUGCUGUAAUUUACGCUUUUGUUCGAGAUUCUGUGUGUGUGACUAUUGACUUCAAAGUACCUGUAACCCAAGAAGAUCCAAUGAUGGUCCGAAAUGGCUCGCAGUGUGAUGAUGGGAGGAUUUGUAUUGGAGGAAAAUGUGUAGAAUCAAAGAUGCUUCAACAAGAAUCAGAAGCUUGUACAAAACAGUGUAAUGGAAAUGGAGUAAGUAAGCACAUGAUUAUAUGCUUACUGUAG